AGCCUCCCCUCUCCUCAACCCCGCAGGCUGCAGCGCUCCUGGGAGGGGGCUGAGGAGCCCGACGUGGGGCUGAGGGAAGAGCUCGGCACCCUCUUGAGCUGCCUGAAGGAGAGCGAGCAGGAGACAGCUGCAAUGCAGGAGCAGCUCCGGGCCUUGGAGCAGGAGAAAGAGGAGCUCCGCACCACCCUGCAGGAGCUCACCACCGAGCACUUCGCCUUGGCAGCGCAGCAUGCCCAGAGCUCCCAGCAGCUGGAGAGGACCAAAGAAGUCCUCCCGCAGCUCCAGGCAGAGCUGAUGGAGGUGAAGGCCGAGGGAGACGCGGCCCGGAAGGAGCUCCACCAGGAGAAGCAGUCAGCAGCCAAGCUGGCAGAGGCCCUGCGGGAGCAGGCUGAGAUCGAGAAGGUGCUGAGGAAAGAACGCGAGUGCCUCCGGGAGAGACGCGAGGGCCUCCAAGGGCAGACAGUGGGGGGGAAGACGGAGCAGGCGGCCAGGCUGUCCACGUCACUUAUGCGGGAGAUGGUGGCUGUGAAGCUGGAGGAGCAGCUGGUGGCAAAGAGGCAGGGCAUCACUUUUUGGCUGCAGAAGCUGUUUGUGCUCCUCGCCUGCCUGCAGCUCGUGUUGCUCUGCCUGGUCCUGCUCACGAGGGACAGCAUCAGCCGGGACCUGCCCUGCAGGCUGGCGUCCACCUUUGGGAGCUGCCCAGCGUGGCCACCACCCUUUUGAUACCCCUGGCCUUGCACUGCGUGGGGUGGAGAGUGACAGGGACACUGGGCGCCGUGCAGACCGGCAAAUGUCCAACCCUGCAGCACCAUCCUUCUCCCGGGGCACCGCUGCACACAUCUGGAAUGGCAUGUGCAGGCACACUGCACAGCCAGCUGUGACUCCACCUCGCUGUGGAGGACGUUUGCCUGCCAAAUACUUGCCACCGAGCUCACCCUGCCUUUAACAAUAAAAAGCACAGCUGAGAA